UUCCAUUUGACUCGGUUAUUGGCACGCGACUGUGAGCCGACUGCAGUCGGAAGAGCUCAUCACCUCGUCGAGGACACGAUAAAGGAAAGCCUGGGGCCACAGUGAUUGCUGUAUCACGAUUGUGUCGAGCGCGUCGGCAAGAGGGGAUAGAGACUUGAAAGGAAAGGGGAGGGAAGGGUGUAAGGAGGCCCACGGGCAGGGUCAAGGUGUCCAAUGCACCUGCAAGAUCAGGAAGCUUGAAGUAGAUCAGGGAAAAAACGAUGGUAGUCCCUAGUUUACCCGCCUUCGGAGGACAGAACGCCAUGCUCAGACGCAACAUUGACAACAACACCGACACUCUGAUUUCUCUGCUUCAAGGGUCCUGCUCCCCUCGCGUGAGCAUGCAACAAGGAUAUGUUGCAGUGCCGCGUUCAUCGGAGAGUCUCGAAAACAUGAUGGGGGCUUGUGGGCAAAAACUGCCUUACUUUUCGUCAUUUGAUGGGCCGAGUGUAGAAGAGCAAGAGGAUGUCGACGAAGGUAUCGACGAAUUCGCACACCACGUGGAGAAAAAGAGGAGAUUGUCAUUAGAACAAGUGCGAUCAUUAGAACGGAAUUUUGAAGUGGAAAACAAGCUUGAGCCCGAGAGGAAAAUGCAACUAGCUAAGGAGCUUGGACUGCAACCUCGUCAAGUGGCGGUGUGGUUCCAGAAUAGACGGGCAAGGUGGAAAACCAAACAGCUCGAGCGCGACUACGAGACCCUGAAGAAAGCCUACGACAGGCUUAAAGCAGACUUCGAAGCCGUUACUCUAGACACAAGUGCUCUUAAAGCUGAGGUGAGUCGCCUCAAGGGAAUCUCUAAUGACGACGUCAAGCCCGCCGAAUUCGUUCAGGGCAAGUGUGACACAACGAGUCACCCUGCCUCCCCUGCGCAAUCGGAGAGGUCCGACAUUGUGUCAUCGAGGAAUCGCACAACUCCUACCAUACAUGUGGAUCCCGUGGCACCCGAGGAAGCCGGCGCUCACUUAACCAUGAGCUCGGAUAGCAAUUCCAGCGAGGUCAUGGACGCUGAUAGCCCUCGCACGAGCCACACCAGCGCUAGUAGGAGCACUUUGUCCACAAGUGUGGUGCAGCCUGACGAGGGCCUGGGAGUGGCCCAGUACCCCCACUUUUCUCCCGAAAACUUCGUGGGUCCCAAUAUGCCAGAGAUUUGCGCUGAUCAGUCACUUGCAUCUCAAGUGAAGCUGGAAGAGAUCCACAGCUUCAAUCCCGACCAAACCUUCCUGCUCUUGCCCAACUGGUGGGAUUGGGCUUGAUUCGUUUCUUCAUCUGUACCCAUACACUUUUUCCUUGAAUCCAAGUUGAAUUCACUUUAGGCAGUGUUUUUUCACGAUGUACCACUUGUUAUUCUUCCACCAUGUGCAAUCCAACGUCAACCAAAGUUGCACCAUCGGCGAUCAUUGGUGACGAUGUCGAGCAUCGAUCGUCACCAUGCCAGUCGGCGCUUGUGCCUUUUUGAACAGCAGCAGGAAGGCAACAGAAAACUCUGGGAAAAGCAACCAGGAGCUUCGAAGUUAGGUGCUGCAACCUUGCUAGAUAUAUGAUCGAAUCUUGAGGAAUUAUGUAGUUAAGUAGUUGGACUUAUGUAAAAAGUCAGAGUAGGGACACAUAGCCCCUUUGGACCAGAGCUAGAACCGAAACACACUAAUCGGAUUACUACAACUUCAAUUCACUUGCCUUGGUGACACAGUGAUGGCGAUGGUCCGUGCAUCUGCAGUAUUGUUGUCGGCCGUGUAAUUGUACAUAUGCGAAUAAGCAUUGGUUCUCAAGGUAGGAAAGGAGGAAAAAAUCUUUCGUUGUCGCUGUUGUGCGUCCCUGACCACACUCAUGGAAUAAAGUGGCACCUCUUUUUAUUCUA